GCCAGCCCAAUAGACGGAUGAGUUAUUGUCAUGUAAAAAGCGCCAGCAAUAAGACCAACCGCUUUGCUAUUGUCCAAGUGGAAAGAGCCAAGUUUAUUAUGAGGACUAUAUGCUCUAGAGACCUCAGACAAGGCAUCUCAUAGGAGGCUUUUUCAUAAAACUAGGCUCUGCUGGUAGUAAGGAGGCCAGUUUGGAGGCAGGCGUGGAGCUGUGCACAUCUCCCCACUCCAGCCACCUUCUCCAUACCCAUCUUUUAUUUCAUUUUUCCACUUGGCUGAGCCAUCCAGAGCCUUUUCAAUGUAUAAAAUGGAAUAUUCUUACCUCAAUUCCUCUGCCUACGAGUCCUGUAUGGCUGGGAUGGACACCUCCAGCCUGGCUUCAGCCUAUGCAGACUUCAGUUCCUGCAGCCAGGCCAGUGGCUUCCAGUAUAACCCGAUCAGGACCACUUUUGGGGCCACGUCCGGCUGCCCGUCCCUCACGCCGGGAUCCUGCAGCCUGGGCACCCUCAGGGACCACCAGAGCAGUCCGUACGCCGCAGUUCCUUACAAACUCUUCACCGACCACGGCGGCCUCAACGAGAAGCGCAAGCAGAGGCGCAUUCGCACUACGUUCACGAGCGCGCAGCUCAAAGAGCUGGAGAGGGUCUUCGCCGAGACGCACUACCCUGACAUCUACACCCGGGAGGAGCUGGCCCUGAAGAUCGACCUCACGGAGGCGCGCGUCCAGGUGUGGUUCCAGAACCGCCGCGCCAAGUUCCGCAAGCAGGAGCGCGCCGCAGCGGCCGCGGCGGCCGCGGCCAAGAACGGCUCCUCGGGGAAGAAGUCCGAUUCUUCCCGGGACGACGAGAGCAAGGAGGCCAAGAGCACCGACCCGGACAGCACGGGGGGCCCGGGCCCCAACCCCAACCCCACUCCCAGCUGCGGGGCGAGUGGCGGCGGCGGCGGCGGGCCCAGCCCGGCCGGCGGCCCGGGGGCGGCGGGGCCCGGGGGCCCGGGAGGCGAACCCGGCAAGGGCGGCGCGGCGGCGGCGGCGGCGGCGGCAGCGGCGGCGGCGGCAGCGGCGGCGGCGGCGGCGGCCGGGGGCCUGGCGGCGGCCGGGGGCCCUGGACAAGGCUGGGCUCCCGGGCCCGGCCCCAUCACCUCCAUCCCGGAUUCGCUCGGGGGGCCCUUCGCCAGCGUCCUAUCUUCGCUCCAAAGACCCAACGGUGCCAAAGCCGCCUUAGUGAAGAGCAGUAUGUUCUGAUCUGGGACGUGGCGGCGGCGGCGGCGGGCGAGCCGGGCCGGGCGGGCGAGUGG